AUGCCUGAAGAAGCUUCAAGUUGGGAGAAGCUUUCCCAGGUUGCUGUCAAGGGUGCUCAAUAUGAUUCCCAUGAGUGUCAGCCACAUCCGAAAUGUUUGAAAGGGACUAAGAUGGACCUUCUCAAGGUCAUCUAUGGAUUAUUGGAUAAACAAGAGGAGAAUCAAAUCAUCUGGCUGCAUGGCACAGCGGGUGUCAGAAAGUCUGCUGUUGCAUUCACCAUAGCUGAAAGGAUGAGAGAAUUAAAAGUGACAGAGCGGAGCAAGGAAAAGUGGCUUGCUGGAACUUUCUUUUUUUUGCGCAAGCACAUGAAACACCGCACGACUGGUUAUUUCUUUGCAACACUUGCCUAUCAACUUGGCAGCAAUUUCCCCUCUAUCUGCUUGGACAUGAACAGAGCUAUCAUGGAGAAUCCCACCCUCCUAGACCACAACACAUCUCUUCACAACAAUAUGGAGGCAUUGUUUCUCUGA